AGACAGAAAAAGGCAAUUAACUAGCAUGCAAGCUAUGUCCUCCUCGCUUCAAAUUGUUCUUCUGCCACAACAAGCUGCUGUAAAACUCCGGCUUGGGAUAUUUUUAAUUUCAGCAGCAAUAUUUGUAGCAACAGCAGCAGCUGAAGUAUCCAAUUCCAGCUGCAACAGAACAUGUGGAUCGCUUGAAAUCCCCUACCCAUUUGGAACAUCCAAAGGCUGCUACUUUAACUUAUCUUUUCUUAUUACUUGUAAGUCCUCCUCCUCCUCUAGCACGAGUACUCCAACACCAUAUUUGCGUGUUAGUAACAUAAAGGUAUUGAACAUAUCAUUGGAUGGUGAACUGCGAGUCUCAGCUUCUGUAGCCCGUGAUUGUCCACAGAAAUCAAACUAUAAUUCCAGCAAAAACAAUACCAAUCUCACCCUGCAAAAGUUCCCCAUCUCGUAUUCGAAGAACGUGUUCACCGCCAUCGGUUGCGACACUAUGGGGCUCAUUUCAAGUUCAGCCUCAGAUAAGAAUUAUAUGACAGGAUGCGUUUCACUCUGUGACAGCAUCGACAACAUGGUUAACGGUUCUUGCUCUGGCAUAGGCUGUUGCCAGACUCCUAUUCCAGAUGGAAUAAAAGAUUUGAAUGUGUUGGCUGGGAGCCUUGAAAACCACUCCAAAGUGAUGAAAUUCAAUCCAUGUAGUUUCGCCUUUGUGGUGGAAGAAAAAGCAUACAAGUUUUCCACCUUAGAUCUUCAGAAUAUGCAGGGUAAACGUGCUUUUCCCUUGGUGCUAGAUUGGGCAGUUGGGAAGCAGACAUGCAAAGAUGCCAAGAAAAAUACUAUAGAAUACGCAUGUAAGGCAGCGAAUAGUGAAUGUUACGAUUCCACAAACGGUCCUGGGUAUCGCUGCAACUGCUCCUUAGGCUAUGACGGAAACCCAUAUCUCUCUCGUGGUUGCAAAGAUAUUGAUGAGUGUAACACUCCAAAUCAUGGCUGCGCUGUUAAUGCAAUAUGUGUCAACCAUAUGGGGUCUUACAGCUGUUCUUGCCCCAUCGGGUAUCAAGGAGAUGGGUGGAGAAAUGGAAGUAGUUGCACUCCCGUUAUUCCUAAACCAAGCAAUUCUAAGAAUAUCAUCAUUGCACUAUGCAUCAGCAUAAGUCUCCUAGUCUUGCUCUUGGGAGGUUCUUCAGUACUUUUCGGAUUGAAAAGAAGAAAGCUCAUCAAACUCCAAGAAAAGUACUUCCAACAAAAUGGUGGCUUAAUGUUACAAGAACAUAUUUUGAAUCAUGGAAGGUCUAUGGAGACAACGAAAAUCUUUAGUAAUGAUGAGCUUAAAAAGGCCACCAACAAUUAUGAUGAGAGUAGAGUCCUUGGCAAAGGGGGCUAUGGAACUGUUUACAAAGGAGUAUUACCCGAUAACAAAGUGGUUGCCAUCAAAAAGUCCAAAGUCUGUGAUAAGAGCCAAAUUGAACAAUUUAUAAAUGAGGUAAUUUUGCUUAACCAAAUCAAUCAUAGAAAUGUGGUCAAACUAUUAGGUUGUUGUCUUGAAACAGAAGUUCCCUUACUUGUUUAUGAAUUCAUCACAAAUGGGACUCUUUCUGACCAUAUUCAUGAUAUAAGUCGUGCUUCUCCUCUUUCAUGGGAAAGACGUUUGAAGAUAGCAACAGAAACAGCAAGAGCCCUUGCAUACCUACAUUCUGAAACUUCUAUGCCAAUUAUACAUAGAGAUGUGAAAAGUACUAAUAUACUAUUAGAUGAUAACCACACAGCAAAAGUGGCUGACUUUGGAGCUUCAAGGUUGAUAGCUCUUGAUCAAACAGAAAUAACCACCUUGGUGCAAGGAACUCUUGGGUACUUAGACCCUGAAUACUUCCAAACUGGCCAACUAACGGAAAAAAGUGAUGUGUACAGCUUUGGUGUUGUGUUGGCAGAGCUGCUGACAGGUGAAGAGGCAAUUUCUACCAAUAGGCCGGAAACUUAUAAAAACCUAGCAAUGUAUUUUGUUUCUGCAGUGAAAGAGGAUCGUCUACUUCACAUUCUUCAGGAUCAUAUUGUCAAUGAGGCUAAUAUUGAGCCAUUAAAGGAAGUUGCUAAUCUUGCUAAAGGGUGCUUAAGGUUAAGAGGGGAGGAUAGGCCCACUAUGAUGGAAGUGGCAAUGGAGCUAGAAGGAUUGAGAAAUAUGGAAAAGCAUCCAUGGGGAAAAGAUAAUCAAACCACAGAAGAAACAGAAUACUUGCUCAGUACACCUACACUCCCUUUCAACAUUGAUAUUGGCGUUGGUUCUUCUGCAAGUGCAGUUAGUGGACAUGAUAGCAUGAUAAACCAACUCUUGAAACCCCUAGAUGAUGGUCGAUAAGUAGUUAAGUCCACAAUAAUUGAUUUAUAUAAAUCAAUGAGAUCCAUUCAUGAACUUCUACAUGCCUAUUAAUGUUGAGUAAUAAUGUUGUAGACUUUACCACAGAUCAUUCAGUACCUUUUCUGGUUCUCUUGCUUUUACUAAUUUUCUGUAAUUGGAUGUAACUUGUAACAGUUUUGUGUUCCUCUUGGUAAACAAAUAAGUUUGAUCCCAUCCUACUGCCAAGAGUCUACCUUUCCCUCAAUAAUUCUCCAUUCUUGACUAUUUAA